AAAACCACUUCCUUGUCUUAUUAUAGUCGAAAUGGAGAAGUAAGAACAAGACAACUAGAUGACAGUGCCAUUGAUUACAGUCACUGUCUCUCGGUUCUUUUACACAUCGUUCAUCUCGCUCUACCUCCACACACAACCUUAUUCUUCUUGGAACUAUAUCAAGAUCACCUGCAAUAAACCGACAUGAACGGCCUCCUCUGCCUCUUGUGCUGCAUGGAAAUUCUGGGUGCUCUACUGGGCGGAGCUCAAACUAUCCUGGGACCUUCUGCUGCUAAUUUGGGGAAUAAUGCUGAUCAAGAUGGCUUAAAUUCGACCUCACCACCCCUCAUUUUUAAAACCAGUGCUUCCAGGGAUAUGGCUGAGACCAGCAGCCUGAUGAACAGACAGUCACCUACAGCAGUCCCCCGAGUCUCCAACAGCCCUUGCACUUCACCUUCACCUGGCGGACAGCCCUUCAUGCCAAACAAUAUGUUUUACAGGAAGGACUGUCUUCCAGUGUUAAUGGUUGCUGGUGGACUGAUCAUAGUCUGUACUAUUCUGCUGCUUUCUACUUUGCUGUUGGCAUGCAGGGUGUGCCAGUUGAGCGGACGCAUCAAGGCGCUGAGCAGCAACCCAGACCUGAUCAGCACCUCUCAAUACUGGGUGGGAACUGCCAAGAAGAACAAAAACAAGCCAGACACGGAACCCAAAGAGACCAGCGUGUUAAUCGCCGACGUCAGCCAAACACGGCAAGAGAAUGGCGCCACGGAGGAAGAGGAAGGGAAGGUCAACGAGGAGGGACAAACGGGAGAGGAGGACAAGAAGGAGGUGGGAGACACCGGCAAGAGUGAAGAAGCGUCAGCACCUGAGGAUUCAUCCUCCUCAAAGCCACAAGAUUCCCAGCCCACAAAAGCUGAAGCAGCCUCCACCUCUGAGAGCACAGAGGAAACGAAGGAUGUAGUGUAGCGGUGUGUGUGUGUGUGUGUGUGUGUAUGCAUGUGUGUGAAGGCAAAGUUUCCUGAGCAACUGCCUUCACGUCCCCAUUGCUUUAAACCCCUUUAAUGUAAAGACAGGAUUUCAUUCAUCAGCUUUUCCUUUACAGUAAGUCAAACAACUGCAUGUGCUGCUGAAUCUGUCCAACUAUGCACUGAGCAUUUCUCUGCCAUUUGUAUGCUUUGAACAUGAAGACUGUAUUAAUGUUAUAAUGUACACCUUUGUGCAACUUCUAACUUUUUGAGAUGUACAUACUUUUGUGACAGGCAUCACAUAUAUGCAACAACCAGAGCAAUAAAACUGCAAAUGCA